UCUUGCUUGCGCGAUCCCUUUGAGGGGACGGCUCCGACCGCUCUUUCAUGACACAAAAGAGCUCAACUCCUUUCAUUUCCCCCUAGAACUUCUGUUCCUCUGUUCUUGAUCUCACCUCACCAUCUCACGCAAGCUCAUUCUCAUCAACGCAAUGCCACCAAGACAGUCAAUCCGACGCAGCGUCCGGGUUUCCAGCCGGGAACCAGAGUCUGAAGAUGCUCAUGCCCGAGUGGGUGACCUUGUAAGGCCGCAACUUCCGGUUUUGGCUGGUACGCCCAGUUCUCGGCGGCAACUCUCAUAUGGCUCCGCCGCAGAACCGCUACGACGACCUGGAGGUGGACUUCAACGCCUCGACAUCGGCAAUGCGGUCAGCCAGGCUCUUGAGAGAGAUGAUGAGGACGAGGACGAAGGCGAGGUCUUUGUACGACCGCGGAGGCCACAGCCCUCAGCUCCUGCGAAUGACGAAGAUGAGCUGGCGGGAGAUCCCAGACGACCAAGUGCUCCUGAGCGGGGUGCUUCAAGACGAGGUCCCGCCGUGACUUUCCCUCCGCCUCGCCAUUUUGUCACUGGUAGUGACGCUGACAGCAUGCGCAGCUUCGGUAUGGAAAGUGAUUUCUUCGGUGAUGCCACGAUAGAAUCAACACCUGCAAGCACACCAGUACCUGAGCCUAGUCAAAAACAACCUGCACGACAACCUGCGCGACAGCCUACGCGACAGCCUACGCGACAACCUGCACGACAACCUGUACGGCCACCUGAGUCGAGCCUCGAAAAGGUGGCUGAAGAAAGGUUUCCCGAGCGUUCACCCCAGAAGAAGGCGACGGGUUCCCGUUCCACAGCUACUGCUAAGGCUCGGCCGGAGCGGCCCGGUGUGGACCAACUGGUGGGGAGGACCCAAUCCAAACUGAAGCCACCACAAAUUGAACAAAAUUCAGAGGACGACGACGCAGAUGAGGAUGAGCACAGAAAUUCUCCAGUGGGACAUCGACGGAAAACCAACACGCCAGCGCCUAAUCGAAUGCGCCAGGCUUCCUCAAGGGAGAUGAGAUCUCGAAGGAUAGAGGCUCAACAAACGGAGCCUGACCAGGAGCCAGAGAACCAAACCCUAGACUGUCAUGGGGCGGAGGUAACCAGAGUCAAUCUCUUCCCGCCAAACAACGCGGGUCCAUCAAGAACGAAAGCAAGUGGCUCUGGAUCUACGGCUGCCAAACCCCCCACACGAGAAUCUGGCGAUUCGCGGAGAAUUCUCCACAUAGACGGCGGUGGAGGAGGCCGAAGCCUAUUCGGCCAGGCUGCCGAACUCAAUAAGAAGAAGACAUCAUUUAAUACCGACACAUAUCCCGCCGACGCAUGGGAACGGGAUGCGGCGAUCCAACGGGAUAUUCUCGAAGCUGAGGAGCGAGUUGCUCGUGAGCGGGAGGAGUCAGAUAGACGUGCAGCUAGGCGUCAACAAUGGACCUGGCUGAUGUCUCUCUGGCCACUGCCUUGGCUACGAAAACUCUUCGGAAUGCGCCCACAUGACGAUGACGAUGAUGACGAACACAACGAUCACGACGAUGCAAAUGCCCCUGCCAAUUGGUGGUGUCUGCUCAAUCCGAUGACCUACCUUCAGACCCUCAUUUGGUCAAUUGACAAGAUAAUGGAUUAUUUUGUUAGUUUGAUAGACAGGGUCUCUGGCAUGGAUAUCCAUGUUCGAGUCCCGAGACCAGGGCAAAACUUUGGAUGGAUCGUCACAGGUAUAAUUGGCCUAAUUAUUGCAAUCCUUUUCGGCCCUGCCAUUAUUGUUGGCUUGAGGGCGUCAUCUGCGAGCAUGCCAAAUGUCGGUAUGCCACGAGUGGGCAGCAUCGGCUGGCCCGAUAUCGGUGGCAUCGCCGGCAAAGCUGGAGAUUUUAUCCCGUCAAUAUCAUGGCCAUUUCAACGGUCCAAAAGUGAGUGGGACGAGCUCUCCGAUUUAUGGGAAACGGACGACAAAGCGCAUGAAAAGGCCGACAAGAUGUUGAAGCAGUACCAAAAGGACCUGACGUCCUUGAAGAAAGCUGCCAAGAUUCACGAUGCCUCUCUUGAGAAACUCAAGACGGUGGUUCCCAAGAUCGUUCACAUGGAGCUCGCAGACGGCAAGCCCGUCGUUACACAGGAGUUCUGGCACGCCUUGCGAGAUCUCAUCCACAAAGACGGCAGCUUCGUGACGAUGGAGCAGAAAGUCAGCGGCUACGAGUUUACGUCGGAACAGCAGUGGCAGGCCAUUGUGGGUCGCCUCAACAACGAUCCCACCUUUGCGUCGAAGCUCAAAGCGAGCGCAUCUGGGAUUGAAAAACGUAUCGAUGCCAAGAUGUCUGUCGUGUGGGACACCUGGGUCAGGAACAACGAGGACAAGAUUGCUGAGCUCAUGGGCCCGGCCUUGGACAAAAUCCGAUCUGCCGGGUCGGGACGCGAGUUUGAUGAACGACUCUCUCGGAUUGUCAAGGAGCAACUCAAAGGCGGAGAACUCAAAGAAACCAUCGUCACUCGGGAAGACUUUCUUCGCCACCUCCAGAAUGAGUUUGCGAUGCAUCGCACUGAGAUUCGCGCCGAGCUCAACGCGCUCCAGCCCCAGCUGGAAUCGCUCCGCCAGUCUAUCCGCGCAGCGACUGAGAACACGCCAGGGGGAAUUGCCAGGGCUGAAGUCAACGCGCUGGUCAAGAACCUCGUGCGCAAGGCCAUUGCCGACAUGAACCUCGAGGCCAUGGCCAAGGGCAAGAUCCACUUCCAUUGGGACGCGGAGCUCAAACACCAGGUCAACUACUUUGGCAUUGGUGCCGGCGCUACCAUCGACGCCGAGAGAUCAUCGGUCGUGUACGACCCGCUCCAAAGGGGAAAACCCAAAGAGUUAUCGCAAAAGGGCAUCCACGGUGCCGAACUAAAGCAGGCCAUUGCUGCCCUGCAUCCCUGGCAGGACGAAGGCGACUGCUGGUGCGCCGCGCGCUCCAUCAACCAUCGCGGAAACCAUCACGGCGCGACUCUCUCGGUGCAGCUCGCACACCACAUCAUCCCUGAGCACGUCGUCAUCGAGCACAUCCUCCCCGGCGCGACAACCGACCCAGACGCGCGACCACGAGAGAUCGAGGUGUACGCACACUUCGAGGACAGCACGACACGCAAACGCGUGCGUGACUUCGCGGCCACGCAAUUCCCGGAGGACGUCAACAACUGGGACUACCAGGCGCCCGAGUACGGCACCGCCUUUAUCAAGAUCAGCCAGUUCGUCUACGAGGGCGCCGAGCUGCACGACGGCGUCCACGUCCACCGCCUGCACCGCGACCUCGCCAACCUCGACGCCGUGACGGACCAGGUCAUCGUGCGCGCCAUCAGCAACUACGGCGCCGAGAGCCACACGUGCUUCUACCGGGUGAGGUUGUUUGGGGAGCGUGUACAGGUGUAGGCCCACGGGACGCUUGAUGAUUGAAAAGGGGGCAUGUAACGAUUUGUUUUUUCUUGCAGGCGUUGGCGGAAGAGCGGCGAUACCUCUUUGUUCUUGCGGUGUUUGCCGUGUGUAUUUUACCAACGUACGGAUUUGCAUGGCUUGUUGGAAGCGCGGAGCUUAGGCGGCUUUGGGAUUGAUAGUACAUGUCAUUGUAUCCAUGAAAGAAGUGUCUUGGGUACUUUAACU